AUCAAAACACUAAAUGAAACACCAUCAGCGCAUCUCAAUUCCUUCCCUACUCACACAGGCCGCCCGCAACGCAGCCGCUCUUCUCCCAAACUCCCUGCUGCUGCUCGUCAACUCCCGCUGCCGGCCAGCCGCCACCCUGGCCCUGGAGGUCCAACUCUUUCUUCUUCCUGGCCUCCAUCAAGUCACCACUCAAUCCCGUCGCUGGCUCGCCGCCCAGCUCCACGCACAGGUCCCAAUUGUAGUCAUUCUCGUGCGCCCAGUUCGUCACCCAGAUCUCGUCGUCGGCUCGCCGCCCAGCUCCACGCGCAGGUUCGGACUUCGAAGGUCUCCUUCAGCCCAAUCCCGUCGCCGCCCAGUUCGUUACCCAGAUCCCGCCGCCCAGCUCCACGGAGGUCUCCUUCAGCCCAAUCCUGUCGCCGCCCAGUUCGUCACCCAAAUCUCGUCGUCGGCUCGCCGCCCAGCUCCACCUCCUUCAGCCCAAUCCCGUCGCCACAGUCAUUCUCUUCCCCACCCAGCGACGGCAAAAAAUCGGCGGCCAAAAUCAACGAGGUAGAUUUAAGAAUUCAAUUCUUUGUAUUUUGUGUCUUCUGUGUGUUUAUUGUAUAUGCAACGAGACAAUUAAACAAAGGAUUGGAUGUUUUUUCGUAUUAAGAAUGAUUGUACCUUGUUGAUUUCAUAAAUUAUUUGGUUGUUUUAGUGUUAUAAUUGAAGAAUGCAUGUUGUUUAUUAGGUGUAGAAGUAAUGCAUACAUAGGGAUGGGUAUUACUUACCCAUGGGUACCCGAAACCCGCGAGUAUGGGGAUGGGUUUGCAAAUCCUCCACUCGCAUGGAUAUGGGGCGGGGAUGGGUAUGGGUAUAUGGAAAUGGGGAUGGUUUAGGCAAACCCGCCCCAUUGCCAUCCUACCAAGUAGCGAGCCCAGUUUAAAUGGGUCAGUCCAGAAUAACAAGAAGAUCCAUAUCGAAAAAGGAAAAUGCAAAAGAACGGCAAGCCUGACUUUUAUUUUUAUCCCCGAUGGCUAGCAAAUGAAAUUUUAUCGCCAAC